UAAAAUGAGGAUAAAGCGGGCUCUCCAUAACCUCAAACGUUUCGCUAUUGAGGCAUGCGAUAAUAAUAAAUGAAUCAUGAACGGAGAAUAGGUAUUCAAAACAAAUCAUUCAGUUAUAGUUGAUUUGUCGGACGACAGAUACCCCUGGAAAUCCCAAGUUAUUUAUAAACUUGUAUUUUUUCGUCAGACAGUUUAGUUGUGAUAGUAUGUUUUCAUAGAGUAGGUAAUAAUUGACAGACCAAGUAGAUGUACUUAGCGAUGAGUGAGGUGGUCAGGGUGGUGCUAUGGCUGACCCUUGUGAGCUUGAGCCGAGCUGCGCAAGAUACAAUUAGCUCAGAACUCCUACGACAGAUCUUCGGGGAUCCGGAACCACAGGCCAAUCCUGCUCAGACUGUAACAUCUGUUGACUCUAGUUCAUUAUCGAACUGUACGACUAGUCGCCGCGAGCGUGGAGUGUGUGUAGCUGACCAUCUGUGUGACGUGGACAGACGUGACUAUAUGACCAGAACUGAUUGCCCCUCUUUGGAAGUUUGCUGCCGGCCCCAGGAUGUAACAGAUCAGAUGCUUCUACACUCGCCCAAACCCAUGCGAGAGGGAUGCGGGUGGGGGAACCCCUACGGCUUGGGGAUGUCGACACAGGGGGCUGACAAUGAGGCCAAAUUUGGGGAGUUUCCCUGGAUGGUGGCUAUUUAUAGAAUCGAACCAAUACAAGAAGACAAACCUGACGGUCGUACAUUAAACGUGUACUCGGGAGGGGGGUCUCUAAUCCACCCCAGCGCCGUGCUCACCGCCGCCCACAAAGUCGCCCCCCUCACUAACUCCCUCACCAGGGUACGCGCGGGGGAGUGGGCCAUGCUCACCACUGAUGAGCCCUUCCCCCACCAGGACAGAGAUAUCGUGUCCAUUGCGGUGCACGAGAAGUUCAACAAAGGCAACCUGUUCUACGACAUCGCGGUGAUGUUCCUGACGCAGCCCAUGGACCUGGCGCCCAACGUGCAGCUGGCGUGCCUGCCGCCGCCGCGCACGCGCGUGCCCGGCGGAGCACGGUGUCUCGCCUGCGGCUGGGGCAAGGACAAGUUCGGCAAGGAAGGACAACAUCCGAACACAAUGAAGAAGGUGGCGGUGCCCGUGGUAGAGCACGUAGAGUGCGCGCGUGCUCUGCGGGGCACGCGGCUGGGGCACUACUUCCGGUUGCAUAGCUCCUUCAUGUGCGCGGGCGGCGAGCCCGGCGUCGAUGUCUGCGCGGGGGACGGGGGCGCGCCGCUCGUGUGCCCCAUUGAGAAUGCCCCCGACCGCUACAUGCAGAGCGGUAUCGUCGCGUGGGGCAUCGGCUGCGGAGAGGACGGAACCCCCGGCGUGUACGUCGACGUGUCCAACCUGCGCGACUGGGUGGACUUCCAGGUGCUGGACAAGGGUCUGGACCCUCAGAUGUAUACUUACAACUAAACUUGGGUCUGCAAGAGGAAGAGGAGUAAACAUUUUACUGUAAAACAAAUAAAUAAAUAACUUUUAAAUAGCAUUAUCAUUUAC